CUGUCAAUAUCAACCUGUGUAUAAUGUAUGCAUCGUAUCAUGCAGGCAUCUCAGGGCAGACAAUGUCACACGUGCCUGAGCCAGGACUCCAGAGGCAGGCGUGGCAGGCACCUUUUCGCAGGCAUAGGGGUGUUUGGGGAUCUCUUUCUGUUGCAGUGCGUCCGUUAUACGUAGAGCCACCACACUGAAGAAACCAAAAGAAGAAAGUUCAAGGGGUGAAGCAGAGAGACAGACACAGAGAGAAGAGUGGUCGUUGUUGGUUUUUGUUUUUUUGCUGUUGUCUCUCGAGCACACAAUCUAGAAACCCCCAAUCUGCAACUCUCCAUUGUCAUGCUCCUACAACUCCAAGCAAUACUGGGACAGAAGAAGGAAUACAUGACACCUAUCCGCGAGGUAAGCUAUGUAUAAUGUAGGUACGGAUAUUUCGUACAGACACCACACAGCCGUGACAGCCCACUGUCAACGGGACGUGGACAUGCGAAAAGAAGAUGAACAAAGGGCCCCAUCCCCCUUCUGUGGCUGCGUGGCACAAACAGUGGAACCCUUCAUCACUCAAACCCCCUCCACGAGUCCACAGUCCACUCCAUAUAAUCCUGUCUGCUGCUGGGGUCAUCUCCCGGCGGCGGAGCAAGGGACUCAAAGUCUCAUGGGAAUAAGACGUGGGGUGGCUCUGGUUUCCGCCAGGAACACAAGCCUGCUGACUGGCCACUGGCCGCCCACUGGGGUUGGCCAGGGGCUUCGGUACCUUCUUGGUGCCAUUGUGUUAGGUAUUUUCCUGCCGAUUCAGAGUGACAGAGUACUCCGUGCUCGAUCCAGGGGAUGGACGACGUGGUUAGUACGGAUACCUAUACUUCCAACAUCCAAGUCGAUGGACAGCAGUGCAACAAGAGACAGGCCGGGACAUGCUGGGCAGGCAACUUGUGCAUCAGGCUUCAGCACAAGUACCUCCGGAACCGUACACAGCCAAAGAAUGUUGCUGACCAGCGGUGCUAUGUAGGCCCGCUGAGCGUUGCAUAUAUUUGAUGAGAAUCGCCGCCGCUCGUUCCAUGGGCCCGAUUUCGAUUGCCCGCAUCGAAAUUGCAAUUCGUAUUGUCGACAACGUCGAAUUUCCAGACUGAUGAGGUGAAGUGAGGUGGGCCA